UCUCUCUCUCUCUCUUGCUCUCUCUCUCUCUCUCUCUCUCUCUCGCUCUCUCUCUCGCUCUCUCUCUCUCUCUCUCUCUCGCUCUCUCUCUCGCUCUCUCUCUCUCUCUCGCUCUCUCUCUCUCUCUCUCGCUCUCUCUCGCUCUCUCUCUCGCUCUCUCUCUCUCUCUCUCUCUCUCGCUCUCUCUCUCUCUCUCUCUCGCUCUCUCUCUCUCUCUCUCUCGCUCUCUCUGCAGAUGGGAAAUGCCUCUGAAACUUCCCUCAUUUCCAAGAUAUCUAAAGAUCAUGACUUUCUUUUGGGGAUUAUCUACACCAUCUUCGGUGUGUUCUCUCUGACGGGGAACACCGUCUUGCUUUUGGUGGCGUAUCAGAAGAAGUCGUCUCUCAAACCGGCCGAGUUCUUCAUCGUCAAUCUCUCCGUCAGUGACCUGGGCAUGACCGUCUCUCUCUUCCCCUUCGCCAUUUCCUCCGCGUUCUCUCACAGAUGGCUCUUCACUAAAUCAGUGUGUCUGUGUUAUGCGUUCUGUGGUGUACUCUUUGGCCUGUGCAGUCUGAGUAAUCUGACCGUCCUGUCGUCCGUCUGCUGGUUUAAAGUCUGCUGCCCCAACUACGGGAAUAAGUUCUCCUCGUCCCAUGCCCUGCUGCUGGUGGUUGGGGUGUGGUGCUACUCCGCCAUCUUCGCUGUAGGUCCUCUAUCGGGCUGGGGUCAGUACAGUUACGAGCCCUACGGCACCGCCUGCUGCAUCGACUGGUUUGCUCCUCACGACAGCCUUCUCGCCAUGUCCUACAUCAUAUGCCUCUUCUUCUUCUGCUACAUCGUGCCGUGCACCAUCAUCUUCCUCUCGUACACGUUCAUCCUGGUGACGGUGCGCGGGUCUCGGCAGGCGAUCCAGCAGCACGUGUCUCCGCGGAACAAGAUCGUCGACGCUCAGACCCGCGUCAUCAAGCUCUUCGUGGCUGUAUGCAUAGGCUUCCUGCUGGCGUGGAGUCCGUACGCUGCCGUAUCCAUGUGGGCGGUCUUUGUGAAUCCAGACGCGGUUCCUCCGAUAGCAUUUGCCACAGCGGCCGUAUUUGCCAAAUCCUCCACCCUGUACAACCCCCUGGUCUACCUGGGCUUCAAACGCAACUUCCGCAGGUCCCUUCGCAGACGAGCACAGACGUUGUGCUCGUGCCCGUGCCGGCCGAAAAUGGCGCGGAAAAACGCGGACAAGGAAAACUGCAGUGGACCUCACAAAAACCACCGACCUUGCAGGUACUGCCUGGACCACACUUCUGCUCACUGCUUGGACAUCAUGCCUCAGAGAACAGUCCGGAUCCUGACCGGCUGCACGAACAGCGAGGUAGCGGUCAGUCAGAUGUCUAAUGAGAUGCAGAGUGACUUCCUUUAGAUCCGUCUAGAAUGCUUCCUUUGUGUUUCCGCACAAACAGGAAGCAGUAUGCCUCAGAUUUCCUUCCGAAUAGAGUGAAGAAGAACCCCGGAGGAAGCUUGGACGGGAUCUUUGCGCUUGUCGUUGAUGUAAACUGACCGUCCCCCGCACCGAUGAAGACGGUUUCUGGUCAACGAGCUUCCCGAAGCGGCGAAGCAUCCGUUAUAAACGUGACGGGGAGGAUGUCAUGAGAUCUUCUUUUAAGCCUCAAAUAAAAUGUUUAAUAUUCCGGUGCAACGUUCAUUUUAAUGUUGACGAUAAAUGUUUACUGAAUGUUACUUAAAUAAAAAUAUACCAAAACCGAUCGCAACUACAGUAAAAACGAAAGGACAUUACGGCAACUCUACGUCCGAUUGCAGCAGUGUGACGAUAAAUCAGGACGUAAACUCGAUCUUAAACGAAUCUGUUAGUUCUCAGAUCGGACGUCUGUCUCGAUGGUUCGUAUUCGUAAGUCUCAUAUCUGUCUGUAACAACGACGCAUUUGUUCCCUGGGAUCAAUUUCUUGAGCAUUUGUUUCUGACAGUAAUUCAUGUGCGCAGCCCGUGCUCUUAUUCUGACGUGUCUGUUUUCACUUCCCGGUCCUGUCUCCGCUCCUGUUUUGUCGAUCGCAUGUCCCCCGACAUACAGUUGUGUCUCGCUAUUCCGCGUUAGGUCCUAAUUCAUUUGUCUGUUUACACCCUGUUGUUUCUUCGUCCAGGAGCAGAGUUGCGGUAUCCCGAGGGGGGAAAAAAUCCAUUUAUAGUGUCAAUUGCAGUCAUUCCGCAGACUGACCAGUAGGUGUCACUGUGUAUUCUGUGUUAAUGGGUCCUCACCUGUAGAAUGUGAAUUGAACAGAAUAACAAUAACAAGCUACUUACAAUUGUAGACGAAGAUGUCUGAGAGUUCGUCCACCAAAUUAGUUUUCGAGCUGAGAGGUUACAGAACACAUGACGCCAUUUCCAGUAAAGGGACGUGGCGAGCAUCGAUGCGCUCUGGUUUUUGCCGUGCAUUGUGGGAUUUUAUACAGAGCGAACAUCUUUAGUGCACCGGAAGGAUUUUGCGAUCGAGACAGCUAUUAAAAUAGCCGACGCCCUGAUCGGUGCCCUGACUACUGAACUAGGGAGCUGAUUGAGCCACGCCCCCAAAAAAAACAAACGAAUAAGGAAGUAACACAAAACGGACCAGGAAGUGACAACAGACAUGUCACAAUAAGAGCGCAGACUGUGAGACUAAGCUCUGAGGUGAUUCGGGAUAAGCUGGUAAUGUAAAUGUAGUAAUUAUAAAUCAAACACAAUCUAGCAGGAUUGAGGAUCUAGCUUCAAGAUAAGUUCGUCGAAUUAACCGUAGAUCUACGAAGAAAACCGGAACGCUUAGCGACACAGCGGUGUUCAAAAUAUACUCCUCAGAUACUUCCGUUUCAACAAACUGAACAAUAGCAACAAAAAAACCCCCACAAAGUUCAUCCGUAUCUUCAGGCGCUGACGGACAAAAGUGAAAGGUGUUGCGUUGGAAGAGACGAUGCAGAUCGGCGUUAUAUCGGUUUACCUGCUCGUAACAAAGCUCUCGUUAAAAUAUUCUAAUAAUAAUAAUAAUAAUAAUAAUCAAAGUCUAAAAUGAUCCACCAGCACAUUUAUACGAUCUGUUUAAUAACGUAAGUGAUGAAUAAAACUUUAUUUAUAUAGCGAAGGUUACAAAUUACUUCACAAUCCAUCAAAAAAAGUCCUAACAGGAUAAAAGAAAGUGAAGUAUGUAAUAAAAUGCGUCCUUUUUGUUCACUGUUGUAAUUAUUUAUUGUUGUGUUUGGUGUUGAUUAUUAUCACAGCUCUAAUAAUAAUAAUAAUAAUAAUAAUAAUAAUAAUAAUAAUAGUUAUUAUUAUUAUUGCUAGAAUGACUGUUUUUGUGUGAAUUUUGUUUGAUUUGUAUCUUUAAUCUCAGACAGCACUGCACCGUCAGCGAAGAUGUCUAUUUUUAUAUAUCUUCUUUUCUUUUCUUUUUUUGGUAUGCUUUUAUUUAUUAAUAUGCAAAAAGAGAAAUGCAGCUGCGUUUUAAACUCUGAUGCGAUGAUAUUUAGCGGGCCACGUUGCACACGGUGCUAGAAAUCUUUCAUGUAUAAAUAUUUCUCCAGCGCAGUCUUCAGAGCGUUCUAAUGGAGGCAGCAGUUCAUUAGGAGAAUUCUCGCGCCGCUCUGUCGAUCUUCUGAAGAAUUUUACAGUAUGGCAGUAUGACCUGAAUAUAAAAAAGAUGGCAGUGUUUUAAUUAUUAUUUUUUUAAUAAAUACAUUUUUUUAAAAAAGAAGAUGAAUUUGAAUUUGAAAGAUGAAUUGGUGCCUGGGGACAAAAUUGGGAAACGAUGGAGGAACGAAUGUUUCUUUUUUUUUUCCUCAAAAAACUGAAGAUGAGCUGAGACAUGCAGUGAGUUAAAUAUAAAUAUGUCAAUAAUAACAAAUUAGUUUUAAAAACAGACUUUUCAAAUGGCAAAAAAUGGGUACAUUAAACACAACUUUUCAGUUUUAAGUUAAUACGCAGAUGUUCUACACAAUUUUGUAUUGUAUUAUUGCAGGUUGUGUUUUUUUUGUUUGUUUGUUUGUUUGUUUGGGGGUUGUUGUUUGUUUGUUUUUUUGCAUAAACAUGAUUUUAGUUUCUUUGGGCAUGUUUAAAAAAAGAUGUAGAAAAAGUGGAAUAAAAAGUGGAAUUAACUCACACACUGAGGCCCUGACUCUGAUUUAUUAAUAUGAUGUACUCGGUCGUAUGCAUGUACUGUAUGUACGUAUGAUUUUUAAUUAUUUAAAUGUUUAUUUCUGUUUCUUUUCA